AUGGGUCGUGAUAGAGUAAUUGAGGUUUGCUUUGAACAUUUAGACUCUUAUAUUGGAAUGGAUGUCGGGAAAUCCUUAAAUGCAGGACAAAAUAGCAAUAGUUCAAGUGAACAUCAACAAUCUGCUAUAGGUACUACUAAAGAGGGAAGGGCUGAUUGUUCUUCAAGUAGUGACGAUUUUGAAGACUCGAAUAAUGAUUUUUCAGAUGAACAUGAUAUCUUAGGAAGGAGUGAAAAUGGGGCGCAUAGAUAUGAAGUUAGUGACGAAGUGCAAAAAAAGAUGGCUCGUGAAGAUGGAGAUUCUGAUUGUGUUAACUCUGAAGGGUUCAAGAGCCUAGAAAGCGAUUCUAAUUCCGACAGUAUGAACUUUCCAAAGUUCAAUCCAAAGACGGAUGGGUUGUAUCCAGUCUUGGCACUUGAAUUGAUAUUCAAAAGCAAAAAGGAGUUCAAGGAAGUUGUGACAACUCAUGAAGUCAAUCGAGGGAGGUAUAUACAAUGGCGCAAGAAUGAUAAAGAAAGGAUGCGGGCAGUUUGUGUGAAACAUCCAGAUUGUGACUGGGAGAUUAUGGCUUCUAAAAUGUACAGAGAUAGUGCUUUUCAAGUAAAGACAUAUAAUCUCAACCACAAGUGCAAAAGUAGGAAUCAUAAAAAUAAAACCAUUACAUCUUUGUUUAUAGCUAAAAGAUAUCUUAAUGAAAUAAAAGCAAACAGGAAUUGGAAGAUCUCUGAAUUUAGAGAUCAUGUUAGUGUUCAGUUACGAGCACAUGUGACAUUAUCAAAAUGUAGAAGGGCAAAGAAGGAGGCAAUUGCAAUGAUCGAUGGAGAUAUCUCUGAUCAAUUUAAGUUGUUGUGGAACUAUUGCAAUGAAAUAGUAAGGACAAAUCCAAAUACUUCCGUUUAUAUGAAGCUGGUUGAAAAUGAGGAUCCCGGCAAGCCUAAAAGAUUUCAGAGAUUCUACAUUUGUUUUAGUGCUUGCAAGGAAGGGUUCAAGAGUGGUUGCAGAAGGAUAGUCAGAGUAGAUGGUUGUUGGCUGAAGGGCCCAAUGUAUGGGACUCAAUUGUUAACUGCCAUUGGGCUUGAUCCGAAUAAUAAUAUCUAUCCGAUAGCGUAUGCAAUUGUGGAGAAAGAAAAUCGCGACUCAUGGGGCUGGUUUCUGGAUCAUCUUAAGCUUGACUUGGAGAUAGAUGAUGGAGCUAAUUGGACCUUCAUGUGA